GCUGAGGAUAAAAAGAAGAGCAACUGGAGGGACUAUAAGGCAAACGUUGCUGGAGCUGCCGGGGCAAAGUUGCAUGGUUGGGCCCUGGAAAUGGGAUGUCAGUCCCAUUCAGGGAGCAUAAAGGAAGACAGAGAAUUUCCUAGUUGCCGCUGCAACAGUAAGUGAGUCCCAGAGGUAGGAAAAUGUCAACUGUCACAUCAGCGAUACAGGCUCCCCAGGGCCCUGUCAAUCCACCCCCCCCAGAAGUCACCAACCCCAACAAGCCCGGGCGGAAGACCAACCAGUUGCAGUACAUGCAAAAUGUUGUGGUGAAGACCUUGUGGAAGCAUCAGUUUGCUUGGCCCUUCUACCAACCCGUCGAUGCAAUUAAAUUGAAUUUACCAGAUUAUCACAAAAUAAUCAAAAACCCGAUGGACAUGGGGACAAUUAAGAAGCGACUGGAACAUAACUAUUACUGGAGUGCCAGUGAAUGCAUGCAGGAUUUCAACACAAUGUUUACAAAUUGUUACAUUUACAACAAGCCCACGGAUGACAUCGUCCUCAUGGCGCAAGCCCUGGAGAAGAUUUUUCUGCAGAAAGUAGCCCAGAUGCCCCAGGAGGAAGUUGAGUUAUUACCACCGGUCCCUAAAGGCAAAGGUCGCAAGCCAGCAGCGAGCGCACAGAGUGCAGGAGCGCAGCAAGCAGCAGCCGUGUCAUCUGUCUCCCCGCCAGCCCCUUUCCAGAACGUCCCUCCAGCUGUCUCUCAGACGCCCGUUAUCGCCGCCACGCCUGUGCCAACCAUCACCGCAAACGUCCCGCCUGUAACUGCUCCUCCUGCUGCCGCUGCCCCUCCUCCUGCUGCUCCGAUUAUGACAGUGGUUCCUCCCACGCCACCUGUAGUCAAGAAAAAGGGAGUGAAGCGAAAAGCAGACACGACCACGCCCACCACCUCGGCCAUCACUGCCAGUCGGAGCGAGUCGCCCACCCCGCUGUCAGACCCCAAGCAGGCAAAAGUCGUCGCUCGCCGAGAGAGCGGCGGCCGGCCAAUCAAGCCACCAAAGAAAGACCUCGAAGAUGGGGAGGUCCCCCAGCACGCGGGGAAAAAGGGCAAACUCUCUGAGCACCUCAAGUACUGUGACAGCAUCCUGAAGGAGAUGCUCUCUAAGAAACACGCAGCCUACGCAUGGCCCUUUUACAAGCCUGUCGAUGCAGAGGCCUUGGAAUUACAUGACUAUCAUGAUAUUAUCAAACACCCCAUGGAUCUCAGUACUGUGAAAAAAAAAAUGGACAGCCGGGAAUACCAGGACGCACAAGGUUUUGCAGCGGAUAUUCGGUUAAUGUUCUCUAAUUGUUACAAGUACAAUCCCCCAGACCACGAAGUUGUAGCCAUGGCCAGGAAACUCCAGGACGUCUUCGAGAUGAGAUUUGCAAAGAUGCCGGACGAGCCCGUGGAGCCCCCGCCCCCACCUCCUCCGACGGCGCCGGUCGUCAGUAAAAGCACGGAAAGCAGCCACAGCAGCGAGGAGAGCUCGUCUGACUCCGACAGCUCCGACUCUGAAGAAGAGCGAGCGACCAGGCUGGCCGAGCUCCAGGAGCAGCUGAAGGCCGUCCAUGAGCAGCUAGCUGCUUUGUCGCAAGCGCCCGUGAACAAACCAAAGAAAAAAAAAGAGAAGAAGGAAAAAGAGAAGAAAAAGAAAGACAAGGAGAAAGAGAAAGAAAAAGAGAAGCACAAAGUGAAAGCCGAGGAGGAGAAGAAACCCAAGGUGGCCCAACCAGCAAAACAGACCCAGCAGAAGAAAGCACCAGCAAAAAAGGCAAACAGCACGACCACAGCUAACAGGCAGCCUAAAAAAGGAGGCAAGCAGGCGUCUGCACCCUACGAUUCUGAGGAGGAGGAGGAGGGCUUGCCCAUGACCUAUGAUGAGAAGCGACAGCUCAGCUUGGACAUCAACCGCCUGCCGGGGGAAAAGCUGGGCCGGGUGGUGCACAUCAUCCAAUCCCGGGAACCUUCCCUCAGGGACUCCAACCCCGACGAGAUAGAAAUAGAUUUUGAAACCUUGAAGCCCACCACUUUACGAGAACUGGAGAGAUACGUCAAGUCUUGUUUACAGAAAAAACAAAGGAAACCGUUUUUCUCAGAAAUUGUGCGUUCCUCCUCCACAGCUGCAAGUGGGAAAAAGCAAGCAGCAAAAUCUAAAGAAGAGUUAGCUCAGGAAAAGAAGAAAGAGUUAGAAAAACGGUUACAGGAUGUCAGCGGGCAGCUAAACAACAACAAGAAACCUGCAAAAAAAGAAAAGUCCGGCUCGGCUCCAUCCGGAGGCCCUUCCCGUCUCAGCAGCAGCAGCUCCUCAGAAUCCGGAAGCAGCAGCUCAAGCGGAUCCAGUUCGGACAGCAGCGAUUCGGAAUAAACUAGACACUUAACAAAAAAAAAAAAUGGACAACAUACACACCAAUACUCUGCAGUGUUCCCUUCUAUGGUUAAUAUACUACUCUUGUUCCACGGUGGUCAGGUUUUUUCUCUCUCUCUUAUUUUUUUUUUUUUUUUUAAAUUCAGUGUUAUAAAAGAUAUCUUCCAAUUUUUUUUCUCUGCUUUUAAUAGGUCAAAGAUCUUUUUUUGUGCGUGCAUGUGACUAGACUUUAUGAUAAGUAGUUCACUUUGCGUAAAGUCUCUAAAUUUUUUUAACUGAAGAUGGUUGCUUGGAUGUGACAAGAACUUUGAACUCUUAACAAGAGAUCCAUAGAAAAAUCUGCAAGGUGUAGUAUACAGUUUCUUUUUUUUUUUUUUUU